CCAACUCAGUAACAGCAAUUUUAAGUAAUGAGCAUAAUGAAGAAUUUCAAUCGGGUAUAUUAGAAUAUGAAGUUAGUCAAAUUUCAGGAAAAUUUGAUGGGAUGAAUAAUAUUUUAGAAAUUUGCAAUUGGCUAGUAAAACAUCCAUCUAUAUUGCAAUUAGCCAACCAAAUGUAUACGGCAUCCUUAUCAUCAAUCGAAAAUAUUAGUACUUUUAAUGAAUCGUCAAUGCCUUCAUCUGCAAUUUCAGCAAGAAUAGUUAAUAAUAGA